UUCCGCUUCCGGGUAGUCGAGGAAGGCCGGGAUCGGGUGAAGAUGGCGGUGGCAACAAGAGCCUCCGGGUGGGGCUGGCGUUGGCCGGUAUGGGGCCAAAUGCUGGGCCUGACUUGCUGCUGGGUUUAGGGGCACGGCCCGGCGCCGCCACCACCACUGGGUGGUCACCGAGGAUGGCAGAUACAGCAGCAGAUACAGACUAACACGGCUGCUACUCUGAAACCUAUAAUCUUGAGGGUUUCAGUUCAUCGAUGACAUGAUUUUGUUUGGACUUCAGGUCAUUUUGUUUCAUUGCAGAAAGCAACAAUCUAACUUUUCUUGUGUAGACAUUGGCAAGGUGGAUUCGCCAAUGAAUUUAAAACAUCCUCAUGAUUUGGUGAUACUAAUGAGACAAGAAACAACGGUAAACUACCUCAGAGAGCUGGAGAAACAGUUAGUUGCUCAAAAGAUUCAUAUAGAGGAGAAUGAAGACAGAGACACAGGGCUGGAACAAAGGCAUAAUAAAGAGGAUCCAGACUGCAUUAAAGCAAAGGUGCCCUUGGGGGACUUGGAUCUGUAUGAUGGCACAUACAUCACCUUAGAGAGCAAAGAUAUCAGCCCCGAAGACUAUAUAGACACACAGUCUCCUGUACCUCCAGACCUAGAACAACCAGACUGUACAAAAAUUCUAGAUCUUCCGUACAGCAUUCAUGCUUUUCAGCACUUAAGGGGUGUUCAAGAAAGAGUUAAUCUUUCCGCACCCUUGUUACCUAAAGAAGAUCCUAUCUCCAUUUACUUAUCCAGACGUUUAGGAAGAAGUAUAGAGGACAUAGGCCAUCGCAUUUAUGAAGGUCUAAUGAAGAAUUCUUCUUCCUGGGUGCUGUAUAAUAUGGCCUCAUUUUAUUGGCGAAUAAAGAAUGAGCCAUAUCAGGUAGUGGAGUGUGCCAUGCGGGCUCUCCACUUCUCCUCAAGGCACAGUAAAGAUAUUGCCCUGCUAAACUUGGCAAAUGUUCUACACAGGGCUCAUUUCUCAGCAGAUGCAGCCAUCGUGGUCCAUGCAGCUCUGGAUUACAGUGACUUCUUUACCAGCUAUUACACUUUGGGAAAUAUAUACGCAAUGCUUGGGGAGUACAACCACUCAGUCCUGUGUUAUGAUCAUGCUUUACAGGCCAAACCAGGAUUUGAGCAAGCUGUAAAAAGGAAGCACGCUGUCCUUUGUCAGCAAAAACUUGAGCAGAAACUGGAAGCUCAGCAUAGAUCGCUUCAGCGAACACUAAAUGAAUUGAAGGAAUAUCAAAAACAGCAUGACCAUUACCUGAGACAACAGGAGAUCUUAGAGAAGCACAAGCUGAUCCAAGAAGAGCAAAUCCUGAGGAACAUCAUCCAUGAGACACAGAUGGCAAAAGAGGCACAACUAGGGAACCAUCAGAUAUGUCGGCUUGGCAACCAACAGCACAACUUGCACUGCCAGUGGGACCAGCCUGUUCGCUAUCACCGUGGGGACAUUUUUGAAAAUGUGGAAUAUGUUCAGUUUGGAGAAGACUCAUCAAGAUCCAGUAUGAGAUCCGUGAAUUUGGAUCUCCAUGCAAACCACAGCGAUCUCAGCCACUCUUUGCAGUCUUCUCCUGUUGCCCAUUCUAUUGUUUCACUGUGGGGUCUGGAAUCAGAUGCCUACAGGGAUAAACAGCAUAUUCUUUGGCCUAAAAGAUCAGACUGUGUAAAAUCCUUUCCAACAAUCCCGAACCCAGAGGAACUGCCAACCUAUUUCCUGCCUCCAGAAAACAGAGGAUUCGGAGUCCAGUCGAUCCUGAGUAGCCCAGGAGAGGCCCAUGUGCAUGGAGAGGCCCAGCUGCCAGAUUGUUCGUCUAUUAUUGAUGUCCAUAACAAUGAAACUCUGUACAUGUUGGUCAAAGAACUAGAUGGUCAUCUGGAGCUGAAAUUUAAAAUGCCGGAUGAUCAUGCAAGACAAAUCUUGCAUUCGCGUAUCAACAAUCAAACUAUUACAGAGGAGCAAAUAGGAGUAUUCAUCUAUCAUGCUAUAAAGAAGCCAAGGGAUCCUUUAUGGCUUAUGCUUAAUGAGGCUGGACUCUACUGGCGUGCUGUUGGAAAUAGCACCUUUGCUGUCUCAUGCUUGCGAAAAGCAUUGAACUUAGCCCCACAUGAGUAUCAGGAUAUCCCUUUAGUCAAUCUAGCUAACCUUUUGCUUCAUUAUGGUCUUCAUCUGGAUGCCAGCAAGCUCCUGGUAAAAGCUGUGGCCAUCAAUAAUUCUGAGCCCCUGACUUUCUUGAGCCUAGGAAAUGCCUAUCUGGCUCUGAAGAAUAUCAGCAGAGCCUUGCAAGCCUUCAGGCAUGCGCUGGAUUUAACUACAAAGUGUCAGGAGUGUGAGAGCAGCCUGAAGUUGAUCCGCUGUCUGCAGUUUUGUCCUUUUGUGUACAACAUCACCUCUUCUGUAUGCAGUGGCCACUGUCAUGAGAGAAACCAUGAUGGCAGCCAUGACAAGCAGAAGUACUUCAGUGACCCCCAAGAGUCUGUAAUAACAUCUGAGGAAGAAAACUCUGAGGGAGAUAUAGAAGAAGAUCCAGAAGCCUUUGUUCAGAGUUCAACAGGAGACCCUUCCUCCCUGAGACUGGAAAACACAGUUGUUGCAGAAAGCAAUGACUCAGAAGGGAUGGAGAGUUUGGGAGAUGCUCAGAUGUCUGAAGAGAUGUUGGCCUUGGUAGACGAGUUUGAAAAUUCCUGGUCUCUUGAAGCCUUUGAAGGGGCACUGGAGGUGAAAGGUCGUCGGAUGGACUUGCAGGGAAUUCGGGUUCUAAAGACGGGUUCUCAGGAUGGACUGGCUAGCUCCUGUUUUGGAGAUUGUGGAGAUGAUGAUGAAGCUGAAUGGAUCACAUUCCAGGUCAAACGUUUAAAGAAACCAAAAGCAGAAAGCUUGGAUCUUCAGGAGCCCCCUGGGAGAAAUGGAGAGGAAGGGGUUAAUGCAGAAGAUGAAAACCUUUACCAAAUGGCUCUGGAGAUCAGUGGCCCAAAGAUAACCUCCCCUGGACCACCAGGGAAAAGGCGUGACUAUCGCAGCCUGGGCUGGCCAAGUCCUGAUGAGUGUUUGAAACUCCGGAGGGUGGAGUUCACUACUGUAGCCAGCACAUGGCUAGCUGUUUCUGCUAAAAAUAUUGACAUUACAGAGCACAUCGAUUUUGCCACACAGCUGCAAGAACCAGCCAUGGAGCCCCUUUGCAGCCCCAAUCUACCUGCCAGUAUGCACACCUUGGACCAUCUGCAAGGGGUUUCCAAUCGGGCUAGCCUGCAUUACACUGGAGAGAGUCAGCUAAAAGAGGUAUUACAGAAUCUUGGCAAAGAUCAAUAUUCACCACAGUCAUUAGAGCAAGUCGGAACUCGAAUAGCCAAAGUUUUGGAAAAGAAUCAGACUUCUUGGGUCCUCUCCAGCAUGGCGGCUCUCUACUGGAGGGUGAAAGGUCAAGGGAAGAAGGCAAUAGACUGUCUGCGGCAGGCCUUGCACUAUGCACCACAUCACAUGAAGGAUGUGCCACUAAUAAGCCUAGCGAACAUCUUCCAUAAUGCAAAACUUUGGAAUGAUGCCAUCAUCGUGGCUACCAUGGCAGUGGAAAUAGCCCCGCACUUUGUGGUUAAUCAUUUCACACUAGCUAAUGUCUAUGUUGCAAUGGAGGAGUUUGAAAAAGCCAUGAGAUGGUAUGAAUCAACAUUAAAACUCCAGCCUGAGUUUGCACCAGCAAAGAGUCGAAUCCGCACCAUCCAGUGUCAUUUACUCAUGAAAAAAGAGCGACGGUCUCCAUAAAGAUUAGCAGCUUCUUCAUUUUUCUAAAGAAAACAAAAUCAUUGUUCAUUAGUCUGCUUUUAAUGAGGGGUGCUAAGAUAAAUUGGGGAAUCAAGAUUUCUAACAAAACUCUCUUGGAAAGAAAUGGGGUUUGGAUCAAGGGAUUUUUAGUUUGUUUUUUCAGGCGGGGGAUUAUCUUUGGGAAAUACAUUUCACAAGCCAUGAUUUAAAACAUCUGUGUAAAUAAUUGAGCCAAGAAACUUUCCACGUGUCCACGACCUACUCCAGGAUCAUUAGGUUUUUCUUAAUGCUCAAAUUGGCGCCAACAGCACCGACAAUAACUUGCUUCAUUUUGUAGCAUUUAAGUCAAUGGAAAUGCAAAGCACAUCCCUGCACCAAAUAGCAAAAAGUUAUAAUCAGCUCUUCACCCAUCAGAAAUUCAUGCUUUACCCAGUCUCGUCAGUCCAUAUUGCCGUGUUACCAGCUCCAAGUUAGUUUGUGAAGGAGGAGGGAACAUGAUUUAAUACAAAAUCUUAGUUAAAAAAACAAAGUAUUUUAGGAACAUCAAGUCUUUUUUAUACUGUUAUUACUGUUGUGGGAUGGGGAUGAGUAGAAGGAUGGGAACAGCAGGAGACCACAGUCUAAAUGGAUUAUAUUUUGGUUACAAGACAAAAAGAAGCCAAUCAGUUAAAAUCCAAAUAAGGGGUUUAAUAUCUGUCGGUAUAUUCAAAGCCCUCUGCAGCCCUGAGUCUUUGUUUUACUAAUUCUUUGUUCGCUGUAUUUUUACCCAUCUUGGAAUAAGGUGCAAGUGUUAGUCUAUCUCUCUGAGCCUUACCGACUUUCAACUGCUGAGAAGGAGAGAGAGAACAGAAAUUGUGAGCAAACAAGUCAGGUGAAGUGUUUCCAUAUCAAUCUUCUUUCGUCGGUGGAAGACCUGAAGCUCCAGACAUCAUUGUUCAAUCAACAAGGGCACAUACUUGGAACAAAAUAAAAUUAUGUUUAUGAACAAAA